GAGCAGCGUGCUGGUUCGCUGUGCUGUGAAGUGUCAGUGUACGCCACCGCAGUACAGACAAACAGAAGCCAGGUCAUUCCUUACUGUACGGAGGAAGAAAAACACGAGUGAAGAACAGAAGCGUUUUAAUUCAAACACAGCCAUAUUAUUAGUAGCCCAACUGCAGCUCUCUGCCUCUGGAGAGGAGGACUGAAACCCGUGCGAGGUGGAGCGGAGACACAUCUGAAACAUUCACAUCAAACUUCUCACCCCAUCGAGACCCGGAUUGCACCCUUACUACAGACAACAUGGAAUAGAAGGACUCUGAGAGAAGCCUAACAAUACAAAUUGAUGUUUUCUGCUGAAAACCCGUUAGAGGGGAAGAAACUGGUCCGUUAAUAUCAGCAUCAGCUUUGUAGUGGAUUGAAAGAAGGAACUCAAGAUGUCUGUACCGAAUGUGUUGGCAAAGGCCCUGUACGACAAUGUGGCGGAGUCUUCGGAUGAGAUGUCCUUUCGCAAGGGCGACAUCAUGACCGUCCUGGAGCGGGACACGCAGGGGCUGGAAGGCUGGUGGCUCUGUUCACUACACGGCCGUCAAGGCAUUGUUCCUGGCAACCGGCUGAAGAUCCUUGUGGGCAUGUACGAUAAACAUCAACAGCAGCAGUUACAGCAGCCAAUGAGCCAACCAAGCCCAACCCAGAGCCAUCUCAACCUGCCUCAGAGUGCCUACAAUCUUCCCCCUGCGUCCCAGUAUACGGCCAUGCACCCUGCCUUCUCCUCCAGCUCUGCCAACUCAACCAACCCAGAUGGCGUCUACAUGCUCCCCCCCAGCCACGGUCUGCCCGCCCCCUCCAGCCUCUACCAGGUGCCCACCGGCCCCCAACCUCCACAGCCCAAACCCAAAGCCCCUGCUGUGGCACAAAAGCAAAGCCAUGCACAGUACCCUCCCACCCCACAAGAUGUCUACCAGGUGCCCCCCUCCAUUAAUGUUCCAGGCCAGGACAUCUACCAGGUGCCACCCACUGCAGGAGGGCCGUGUCCAGGGCAGGAUGUGUACCAGGUGCCACCCUCUGUGAACCAGACACAGGACGUUUACCAGAUUCCCCCAUCAAUAGAGAGGAGCUGGGACUCUCCCAAACCCAUCGGGAAGGUGGUUGUUCCCACACGGGUUGGUCAAGUGUAUGUGUAUGACACGGGGAAAAAUGAACAGGAUGAGUAUGACGUCCCCAGACACCUCCCACCCACCCAGGAUAUCUAUGACGUGCCGCCCACCCGCACCCAGUACAGUCAACAGGUUUAUGAUACUCCUCCCAUGGCUAUGAAAGGCCCACCCAGUAGAGAUGGUCAGGACAUCUAUGACACUCCACCUAGUGUGGACAAGAGCCAGCUGCACUACCAACAAAUGGUGUAUGACAUUCCUCCAUCUGUCAGCAAAGAUGUUCCAGAUGGUCCAAUCAGGGAGGAAACGUACGACGUUCCUCCUCACUUUGCCAAGAUGAAGAGUCUGGAGAAUCAAAACCAGGCCUAUCUAUCUCAGAUCCCAGGCGGUCCCGAGCCUCCCAUACCAGAGGAUGUCUAUGAUGUUCCUCCUCCUCAGCUAAUAGGAAAACGUCAGCCUGAGGGCCAGGAGAUUUAUGACAUCCCUGCCAGCCUGCGAAAGGGCAGCCCACAGGACCACCAUCCUGCAGAUGUGUAUGACUUCCCCCGCGAGAGACCAGCGGGCGAAGAAUCAGGCGACUAUGUGUACGAUGUGCCUCCGCAGGUGGUGCGUGACGCAGCGGCCACCGAGGAGCUCACUGUGAGUUUCAAACGCCUGUCGGCGUCCAGCACGGGAAGCACCCGCAGCAACCUCUCAAUGUCCUCUUUAGACAUGGUGCCGGUGCGGGAAUCUUCCGGGCCCGGCCGCCUGCUGCUCCUGGAUCUAGACCAGGCCAUGGAGCGACUGUCCCGUCAUCAACAGGCCGUGGAGAGCUCAGUGUCCCUCCUCAUGUCAUUCAUCAGUGGGAACUGGCGCAGCCCCACUCAGAUGGAGUCCAACCUCCCUGCCAUCCGACAGGCCGUGGACCGCAUUCGUGUGGCUGUCAGGGACCUGCUGGAGUUCGCCAGAGGUGCCGUAGCCAACGCCACCCAGGCCACCGACCGUACACUGCAGACCAAGCUCAGCAAGCAGGUGCAGAAGAUGGAGGAGGCCUUCCAAGGUCUGGUGAGGUACAGUCAGGCACUGGACUCCUUGGGCUGGUCCCCCGCGGCUUUGAUGGCACCUUCUACAGGCACCGGUGGGGACGACCUAGACCGGCUGGUCAUGUGUGCCCGUGGCGUGCCCGACGACACGAAGCAGUUAGCAUCGUUUCUCCAUGGCAAUGCCUCUUUGCUCUUCAAACGGACAAACAAACAGCAGCAACUGCCGUUGCCGCCUGUCCCUCAUACUGGUGACAUGCUGGGUCAGCUGACGAACAACAACAACAUCUCAGCCUAUCAGUCAGGCACACCUGAACGGGCUAACAUCCAGUCCCGCCCAUUACCCUCCCCUCCCAAAUUCUCAGCCGAGGAAGAGACUGCAGACAGGCCAUACGAGACAACAGAGGAGGGUUGGAUGGAGGAUUACGACUAUGUCCAUUUACAGGGUAAAGAAGAGUUUGAAAAGACCCAAAGACAGCUGUUGGAAAAAGGGAGCAUCAAACACAAUAAGACUCUGCUGGAACAACAACAGCUGAAGCAGUUUGAACGACUGGAGCAGGAGGUCUCCCGACCAAUCAACAAUGAUAUUUCGGCCUGGACUCCGCCCUCUCACUACCUGCAGACGCCGCGCAGUAAGCUGUGCAUGGGCGACCGGCAGCUGCUGCUCUUUUACAUGGAGCAGUGCGAGGCCAACAUCACCACGCUCACCAACGCCAUCGACGCGUUCUACUCCUCCAUCAGCAACAACCAGCCGCCCAAAAUCUUCGUCGCCCACAGCAAAUUCGUCAUCCUCAGCGCUCACAAGCUCGUCUUCAUUGGAGACACGCUCUCCAGGCAAGCCAAGUCUCCCGAGGUUCGCACAAGGGUGGCCCAGCACAGCAACACACUAUGCGAAAAGCUCAAAGACAUUGUGGUCAGCACCAAGACAGCAGCCCUGCAGUACCCCUCGCCAGGGGCUGCAAGAGACAUGACAGAGAGGGUGCGGGAGCUCGCUGGCUGCACCCAGCAGUUCCGCAUGGCACUCAAUCAGCUACUGGCCAUGUGAGUGCAAGGGUGAACGCGCCCCGGGACAGUAUAGGCACAGAGCCUGUUUUAAACUCACUGGACAAAUGUACCCUAUGCCACGAGCUUUUAAUCUCCAAAAAAGACAAGCUGAUGAAUGGGCAGAGCCAUUGGUUGUAAAUGAAUCAUUGUAAAUAUUUAAGUUGCUGUAUGUUGGGGACAGUGUAAUGGGGCAAAUGCAGACGGUUGAGGAACUUUUUGAACAAGGGAGGAGAAAGAGAAGGAAAAUAUCUAAAGAGUAGAUUUAAGACAUUAUGCAUUAUUAUAGCUAAACUGUAAUUAUUGCUCUGAUUAUUAUAAUUGUCAUCAUUAAUAUUAUGAGAUACUGACUUAAGGUGUUUAAGGUUUUAAACGUGUAUGUAGAAGUACAACCAUUUCCAUAGAAGAUCAACAAUGGAGGCUUUUUUAAUGAAUUGUGCAUGUUGGAAGCAAAAAUGGCAUUUAACAUUUAUCCUUUUGCUGUUGCUGUUGUUCAAAGAGGCUGAAUGCAAAGCAUGCUGGGAGUGAGCCUAUUGGCAGACAUGAGACAUUCUUCUUAUUUACUGUGAGAGUUCAGGUGUCUUAUUUACACAUAUUUAACAAUGCAAAGCAACAAAAAGCGGUGAAGAACACAUCAUCCAAUUUGGACUACUUUUGAAAUUUUUGCGAAAAUUUCAUGAAAUAUUCCCUGCCUGUAAGAUCUCAAAUGCCUGCUCAUGGCUGCGCCUCUCUGACAUGUUUUAGGCUAGUUUGAUAACAUAUCAUGUCGUUAUUUGAGAUCUGAUUAUGUUCAUAAGAAGAGUGAAUAUUUAGUCCUUCAGCAUCAUUUGACCUCCACUGUAGUGCCACUUCCUGCUGGACAGGUGCAUUGUGGCAACAACAUCCUGAGAGUCCCUGAUUUUAUUUCUGUCCUUUGUCUCUCAGAUAUCACACCUCAUCCAACACAGACUGAGGCGUUCAGUGCACAAAUAUACUAUAUCCAAAACCAGCUUGUGUAAAACUCUUCCUCCAAUGCAUCUGUUUCUGAAUGGAAACCUGAACCACCUGCCUCAACUUCCCUCGCCCUGUCUUCGAACUCCCAGUUGGUUGUAUUCUAAAUUUAAGAAUAUGUCAGAAAAGUAGUUUAAUGAAAUUUAUUAAACUUUUUAAGUACUGCAACAUGUUGUUGUGCAUAUAGUCAAAAUCCUUAUCCAGUCGAAAAAAAAAGAAAGAAAAAAGAAGCAUUUAAGCCAAACGGAGACCUAAUAUAUGUUGUACUGUUAUUCUGUUCUCAAGUCUGUGUUCAAGGAUUUGAAUGAUAUUGACAUAUGUUACUGUAAAUUGCAUAACUGGAAAUAUGUUUAUUAUAUUUUCAUUAAAAAAAUUCC